AUGUUUGACAUUUUGCAUGACGCACAUUUAGCUAUAGGACAUGACGGACCACUUAGGUUUGUUAAAAUACGUCCAUUAACGUCGAAAAGGGCUGAGGAAGUAGCUAAGAGCCUGGUAGACAUAUUUUGCAUUUUCGGCGCCCCAUCUAUACUACAAUCGAACAACGGCCGGGAGUUCGCCAACCAUGUCAUUGAAGAGUUAUGUACGAUGUGGAGUGGCCUUAAAAUAGUCCAUGGGAAACCACGUAACAGUCAGUCACAAGGCAGCGUCGAAAGAGCAAAUCAAGAUAUACAGAACAUGCUUAUGACGUGGAUGGACGAUGAAAACUGCACGCGAUGGUCAGAAGGUCUAAGAUUUGUUCAAUUGAUGAAAAAUAGGGCAUACCAUGAUGGGAUAAAACAAGCUCCUUAUGCCGCCAUAUUUGGGCAUGAUAUUAAAGUCGGCCUAUCCACAUCAGCUUUUCCAAAAGAAGCUAUUGAAAAUCUACGAACCGAAGAAGAGCUCGAGAAAGUGGUAAGGGAAUUUGGUUUAGGUGAACAGCCUCAACAAGAAAUAAAUAUAAACCAGUUUAUGGAUAGUGACCCAGAACCAGACAAUUUGCAAGAAGAUAUUACUGAAGGUGGCAAUAUGGAAUAUGGUAAUAAUAAUUAUCGAGAAAACGCUAGGAAUACAGAGACUUCAAAAAAUCAGAGCAAGUAUUUAGAGUGUGACAAUUUAAAUACAUCAGGGAAUAUAAGGUGUGAACUUUGUGCUUGUACCAAAGGAAUAUACAGUCAAACAGACUAG